CACUGGCAGGUGGCCUGUGCACCCCCAGGAGAUGCUGCCUUGUUCAAAGGCGACAAUAUCACUUGCCCUGUAUGAGGCACCCAGUCCUGUGCCUGCAGGAACUGCUACCACACCCUCACAGAGUGAUCUUGUACACUUUUUGCUUCUUCCUCUUGCUUUAAUGAUAGAUUAAAAUAGUUUAUUACUGGAGGCCUACUUUAUCUGUAAACAAAGAAUUCAUGACUAAGCUCACAUAAGCCAAAGCAGCAUGAUGAACAUCCUGUAACCUGGCUCAUUGUGGCUUGCAGCUUUCCUGAGAGGGCCUCUGACAACCCCCUCUGAAUGUCUUAUUCCGUCGUAGGGUGACACUGACAGAGCAGCAUGAGGGCACCAGGGUCUGCUUAGUGCUUUGUCGCUAGAGUACGGAUGGUGGGGCGAGUCUGCCUGUGGACGUUUUCAGAUGUGGUAUCUCAGCGCGUUGCUGACGCUCAAGUGAGGUUACAAGUCAGCAGCGGCUCAAGGUGUUUGAAGAGCCGUUAUGGCAGGUUAUAUUCCCCUUUCCCUCUUCCUCACACCUAUCCUGUGACCUCAGGAUCCUGUGCUUCAUAAAUUCAACUAUGCUGGCAGAAGAUUAACAGGGCAAACCCCAUCUUUCAUGUAGAGUUGAACUGAACUGCUCACCGAAGAGCACCAGAGUCAGCACAGGGAAUGGAAGAAGCGGGCAACUUCCCUGCCAGCCCUUCAGCUGCUGCAAACUUUUGGACUGACUCAGGGAUGCCAGGUAACUUCUCUUGUAAGUCUGGUCCUCUUUCUCUGGUCUUAAUGCCAGCCUGGCUGGAGUUCCUUGGGACCAAAGAAAAUAUAGGUUAUUUUCCACUGCUAAAAAAUGUUAGUCCUCGAACACCAAAAUAGAGCACUUCUAUUUGGAGACAGGAACUUGACACCUGGCAGUGUGUGCACUGCGGUUCAGAGUUACCUUGUGAAAAUCUGCCUGUGUUUGGCCAGCAUAUUAAUUAACCUUUGAAAAGUCAAUAGUUUUAAACACAUUAUAGGACGUUCAAUGGAUUUUGCAAGGUUUCUAACAGUUAAGAAUCUCUGAGAAUCUGCACUCACUGAAUAUGCUCUGAGCCUCUCACAACAUGGAUUUUUCUGGGAAAUUUUGGUCUAAAUAAGACAGUUUUAGGAGUGAGAUUAGAGGGAGGAUACAGCCAAACACUGAGGAAAAAUGGGUAAAGCUGCUUAAAUUAAAUAGCUGACAGCUGUCUUCUGAAUAGAAAUUUUAGGCUGUCUGAAAAGCAGAGGAGAUUAUAUCAGUUUCAGGUAUACUUUAAUACUUUAUCCCUCACUGAUGUGGAAGCAAGUUUCAGGAUCAGCAUUUUGUGGAGUUUUCCCGUCAGAAAAGGCUCUUAUUUUUUGCUCAAAUUCAGGAUGAAAAGAAGGGCUGGAAUGGCCUUGCCCAUUUUUCUAUCACCCUGUGUACAAGAUGUCGCUGCCUGGCUGUACCACCAUCCCUCUGGGCACACGAAUGUGGCUUUGGCAGUGGGACUGGGUAUGACUUCCAGAGGAGACCAGUCCCCCUGCAGACUGCCCUAUGCUGCCCAACAGCAGCUAUCGGGGGAGAAAGGUUGGUUGCUUUUCCCUUGGUUUCUCUAGCUCUUGGUCUCCAAACUGGAAGUACCUUGGCUGCCAGGAGCAGCAGAGAAUUACUUGUUUUUUCCAUGUAAAUCAUGAGACUGGGGUUGUUGGAUCUACUUCAUGAUUCAGGGUCUCAGCUGGUUUGACCGUUCGAUAGGGCAAGUCCCUGGGCAGGUCACCGGAGGGCUCUGGGAACAGAUGAGGAGUAAAGAGGUGUGAUGCAGCAUCUAGAGUGAAUGCAGGUGUCCCAGUGCCCUGGCACGCCUUAAACACAGCCAGCCCGAUUUCUGUUCCUCUGAACAGUGCUGCUCGCGUGUAUCCUUCUAAAAUGGCAUAGGGCAAUAACGCUGCAGACCUUUAACCUGUCUUCCGGUAAGAAAGAGAUUGUAAACCAAGCAAUAAUAACAUAUAGUACAAUAGCAGUUUAUGAUGCUUCAGCAGGUGAACCUGUUUACCAUGAAUAUUUUUCUGUGGGAAGGAGAUAGUGCUGUAUCCCUAGACAGGCCUUCCCCUGCAGGGUCAUCAUGUCCAAUACUUCUUUUCAAUAAAAGCACAGAUAUUUUGUUUUAUCUCGGAAGCACCUUGCUCAAAUGAUCUCAAAUUCAGGCUGCUGGGAUUUCUACAGAAAUUUUUGAGAAAGCUGGAAUAAAUUUACAGAUUGUAGAACAAUGUAAAAGGGGACUGCUGAGCCCAAGUUUGGCUUGUGGUGUCACAGACCCAAUAUUCCCACUCUUGCAAAAUAGUGGGUGUAGCCACAUGACUCCAGACCAUUUCUCCUUAUCUGUGCUGGGUCCAGUGCUUUAGCUGGAAAAUGCCAAAUACACCAUUUCAAUGGGAGCUACACCCUGUAGCUGCAGGCAAAGUAGUUUACAAAGGCUCACGGAGCUUGAACACAGCAGGAUUCAAUGCAUUAUGUAUGGAUCAGCCCUCUGGAAUUGCACAUGCAGGUAAGUCACGCCUGUAGGAAAACAGUAAUUUAAAACCUCCUUCUUCCCCACCUCUUGGAGCUGACUUGAGUUAAAUAUUAACAAACUUGGUUCAUCAAUUCCCUGGUUCGCUUGGCUUCUUUUAACAACAGAUGUUAUUACAACAACUCCUCUGCCGGCCUGCCUCCGCGCUCCUGUCAGCGAGGCCGAUGGUGAAACCCAAGAAUCUGCCGCCGUAACUCUGCCUGCAGAGCGUGGCUGCGGCCCCAGCCAUCUGCUCUCCCCCACCUCUCUCCCUGGGACCACCAAUGCUGCCCGCCUUUGGCAUCUGCGAGUAGCUUGUGCUGUGAGCCACUGAUUGCUGCAGAGAGGCGUUGGUUAAAGGAGACAGAGAAAAGGAGCGAGGGAGCCCAGGGGAAGGUGACUUCUUGCUGUCAGAGGAGGAGGAGGAGGAGGAGGAAGCAGUGAGCAUGGCCAGCAACUCCAGUGCACUGCCCCGGGUGACUUUCCAGACGCCAGAGAAACCUGGGGAGGAAUCAUCACACAGGAAACUGGGCAAGUUAACCAUCAAGUACAACCGCAAAGACCUACAGCGCUGGCUAGACCUGGAGGAAUGGAUCAACACCCAGCUGCAGGAGCUGUACCAAUGCCGGCUAAGAGAGGAAACAGAGGCAGCAGCUCCUGAACCACAAAUUGAUCUUGAAGAUCUCCUGGAGGUCCCUAAUGAAGAACAGAAAUUAAAACUACAGGAAAUCCUCCAUGAGUGCGCCAGCCCGACAGAGGACUUCAUUACGGAGUUGCUUAGUCGACUGAAAGGUCUCCGGAGAGUCACCAGUCCUCAGAAGAAAUGACCUUGUCCACAUGGAGCACCCAGCUUUGGUCACAAGAAAACGUGUACCUUCCCCACAAAAACCAGCAUC